AUGUGCAGGUGUGCUCAGGUGUGCGCAGUGUCCCCAGGUGUACCCCAGGUGUGCCUCACCCCUCCCCCUCCCGCAGGUCCCGACCCCCCCCAGGUGCGGCUGCUGGGCGGCCCCGGGCCCUGCGCGGGGCAGGUGCAGGUGAGGCUGAACCGCACCUGGCUGCAGGUGUGCGGCCUCACCUGGGGGCUGCCCGAGGCUCAGGUGCUGUGCCGGCAGCUGGGCUGCGGCCCCGCCCUCAGCGCACCUGUGGGGCCGCACCUGCCCGGGGUGGGGGCGGGGCAGCCUCACCUGGCCGGGCUCACCUGCGACGGCUCCGAGUCGCAGCUCCUCGAGUGCCUGCGCGGGGGGGAGGGGCCCCGCACCUGCGCAGGUGGGGCCGCCCAGGUGCGCUGCGCAAUGCCCGCAGGUGCCUCCCCCAGCUGCGCUUACCUGGUGGCGCUGCUGGUGCUGCUGACGUCGGUGGGCGGGGCCCUGCUCUGGCUCACCUUGAGGGCCAGGUGUGUCCCAGCUCACCUGGACACCCCCAGGGCCCCCAGCGCCAUUUACCUGCCCAGGAGAGCCUCACCUGGGGAGGCCGAGGCGCUGCAGCUGAUGGACGAUGAUCCCUGAGCUCACCUGGUGGAGCUCACCUGGUGGAGCUCACCUGGAGGAGCCUGGAGAUCACCUGGAGAUCAC